GCGUUUGCUUUUUUAGUUGGUUUGAGAACGCGUUCGUUGUUGUUUGCUGCUCAAACUGAGCAAAGUAUCGUCGUCGGAUUGUCUGGUUGUUUUGCGUGUUUGUCCAUCCGUUCGGUUUUUUUUAGUAGGUGGAGAGGUUUUCAGCAAGUGUUUUCAAUUGUAGUUACUUAACAAUUUGAUCAAUUAUUUUUUUGUUUGAAAUUCAAAAAGUGCAUGGAGCAUCAGAAGAUUCAGUUUUCCUGAGAAUUCCAACUUUAAAAAACUUCCCUUAGAAUCCAAGUUUUAUUUUAGACGCGCGUUGACGGUGUCGAAGAGAAAUAUAAAUUUAGAUUUGAACUGCUUAAAGAGAUUUGAUUUGUUUUUUUUAUUUGAAUUAAACAUAUAAAAAAAAUUUGCAAUCAUUGGUGGAAUAUUUUCGGCUUUUUCGCUUCUUGCUAUGGGUGCUGUUGCUUAUCUUGUUCAUUUUGCGAUAGGAAUGAUCAUCCUUAACAAUGAGGUCAGUCAAACCAAAGGAAUACUGUAUCCUCGGGAAUCUGAAACAAGGGAUGUCCGCAGUCUGGAUGGCAUGUGGAAUUUCCUGAAAUCGGAUGAAAGCAAUCCUACCCAAGGUGUUCGAGACAAAUGGUAUAUGGAUGAUCUCAGUAAAGUAAAACCAACAAUACCAAUGCCAGUGCCAGCAAGUUACAAUGAUGUAACGACAGAGGUUAGCUUGAGAGAUCAUGUGGGAACAGUGUGGUACGACAGAAAGUUCUUCGUACCAAAAGCAUGGGAAGCCGGUCAUAGAGUCUGGAUCCGCUUUGGUAGCGUCCAUUAUGAAGCUUUUGUGUGGAUAAAUGGUCAAAUGGCUAUGAAACAUGAAAUGGGUCAUCUUCCAUUUGAAGCAGAGAUCUCAGAUCUUGUAAAUUAUGGGAGAGAAAAUCGAAUCACAGUCCUGUGUGAUAACGCUUUGAUUCAGACAACAGUGCCUCAAGGGAAGAUCACUGAAGUCGCUAAGGAUGGAGGUGUGUCAAUAGUACAAACAUACACUUUUGAUUUCUUCAAUUAUGCCGGUAUUCACCGAUCUGUGCAUUUAUUUACAACUCCAAAAGUUUUCAUUGAGGAAGUCGAAGUGACAACAGAUCUUAAUGUAGAAAACACAGGAUUUGUUUAUUAUAAAAUUAGCAGCAAUGGAACAAAUGACUUGAAAGGUCUUUAUGUGCAAGUUCAACUUCGGGAUCGAGAAGGAGUUAUUGUUGCAAAUGAAACAUCAAAAUCAGAUUUGAAAGGAGUUCUCAAAGUUCCAAAGGCAAUGCCUUGGUGGCCAUAUCUUAUGCAUCCAGAACCUGGAUAUUUAUAUCAAAUGGAAGUGUUUUUGCAUGAUGACAAUGCAAGUAUUUUGGAUGUGUAUCGAUUGAAAAUUGGCAUCCGAACGCUGACAUGGAAUAAUACGUCUUUUAUGAUUAACGGAAAACCAAUUUAUUUCCGAGGAUUCGGCAGGCAUGAAGAUUCUGAUAUCCGUGGUAAGGGCUUGGAUUUUGCUCUUUUGACAAGGGACUUUAAUCUAUUAAAAUGGAUCGGGGCAAAUGCAUAUCGGACGUCGCAUUAUCCUUAUUCAGAGGAGUCGAUGCAAUUUGCUGAUGAGCACGGCAUUAUGAUAAUUGACGAGUGCCCCAGUGUGGAUACAGAAAACUACAGCCAAGCUCUUUUGGACAAGCACAAAUCUUCUAUGGAUCAAUUGAUUCAUCGUGAUCGCAAUCAUGCUAGCGUUGUAAUGUGGUCAAUUGCCAAUGAACCCAGAACUAGUCAAUUUCAUGCAGAUUCUUAUUUCGAAUUUGUUGCCAAUUUCACAAGAUCCCUAGAUCGCACCCGCCCAGUAACUGCUGCCAUUGCAGUUCCUAAUACAGAUGACAAAGCUGCCAAACAUUUAGAUAUAAUAAGUUUUAAUCGUUAUAACGGCUGGUAUUCAAAUGCCGGUCGAUUGGACAUGAUCACCAGCCGAGUGGUCAAUGAGGCUGUGGCAUGGAACAAGAAACACAAUAAACCAGUUCUCAUGUCAGAAUACGGAGCCGAUACAGUCGAAGGCUUACAUUUCCUGCCGUCUUAUGUAUGGUCAGAAGAAUACCAAGCCGAGUUAUUUUCUCGACACUUUAGAGCCUUCGAUAUUCUGCGUAAGAAGUCUUGGUUCAUUGGGGAGUUCGUGUGGAAUUUUGCCGAUUUCAAAACAGCACAAACUGUAACACGGGUGGGUGGAAACAAAAAAGGUGUCUUCACACGCAACCGUCAGCCCAAGUCUGCCGCUCAUCUGCUGAGGAAGCGUUACUUUGCUCUCGGCCAGGAAGUGGAUCAAUGUACUUUCCCAGAAGAUCUGUUUAUCUACAUUACAGAUAGUACAGCGAGUAGUAAAACACACGAUUCCACCGAUUUGUAAUUAGCAUAAAAAGCAUUUAAGACAACAAAACUAAAAGGUUUCAUGAGGAAGACGAGUAACAACUACACACCAAACGAGAAACUAGGAUUAAUGUACAUAAUUUUAUUUUUUCUUUAGUUCAUAAGUUCCAUUCGCCAAGACUUUACUAUUGUAACAAUAUUGCGAUAUAAAUAAAAAAAAAGAGGUUUUGUAUAAUCAUA